ACAGUUGAGCUUCCGCCAGUCACACAAGUUCCCUGCAGCCAAGAUGAAGACUCAUGUAUCCCUUCUAGCUCUGCUAGCAAUCUUCUACACUCAAACACUCGGAUAUGAGGUUGUUAACUACAUAAGUUCUACCAGUAAUGGUAGCUUGGCCCAGGAAACGGUGCAAAUUGAAAAUGAGAAAAAUGUUGCCAUCAUCAACAUCCACGAGGGAAAAUGCUCUUCCACCACCAUAUUUGACUACAAACAUGGUUAUAUUGCUUCCAGACUACUCUCUCGAAGAGCCUGCUAUAUCAUGAAGAUGGACCAUGUAGAUAUCCCUGCUCUGGAUGAACUUAAACGAUAUAUUUAUGAGAGACAGGAGAUGCAAAAUAUGUUUUCUCCCAAAUAUACUUGGGUGAAGUACAACCCCAUACGGUCCCUGCUCACCAAUAUUGAUUGGUUGCUGUUUGGUUCACCCAUAGAGAAUCUUUGCAAACAUGUGUCCCUGUACAAGGCCGAAGUGGCUAAAACCAAAACUGGUGCUAAGGGCUGUGCCAAAGUUGGGCUCCUGGGCAUCCUUCAUAUUGGUAUCUGCGCAGACCUUUCUCUUUAGACAUCAUCCUAUCAGAGCUGUCAUUCAGAGGAGAUUCACUUGAAUUGCAUGAUCCACUCUGCAGCCCAAUAGUGACAUCACAAUGC